AUGAUUCACAAGCAAAUGGUGCAGCAAAACUUCAACCAAUCGUUAUUUUAUUAUCGUACUCAUAGUCAUUUAAUAACAUCAUUGUUAUUUCGCAAUACAACUUCGAACAUGGACUUACUUCAUGCAGCUGAUUGUGGUCGUUUAUCAAUCGUUAAAGAACUAGUCUCCAAAGAUAGAUCCUUGCUUCACAAUUAUCGUCAUAAAGAUGCAUCAAAUCGAGCAUUUAAUCUCUUUGGUUCAUCCAUUCAUUACGCUUGUCGAUCGGGUCAUUUCAAUGUUGUGAAAUACUUAUUAGAACAAGACGUAACUCUCGCCGAAGACGUUGAUGUCGAACAAUGGACACCCCUACAUUAUGCCUGCAACAAUGGACAUUUGAAUAUUGUUAAACUACUAACAGAAUACAAUGCUAAUGUUAGAGCGAAAGACAACUACUUGAAUCAAACGCCUAUACAAUUUGCCAUGUAUAGAAACUUCGAAGAUGUUGUUCAUUUCCUAGAUCCACAUAUUCAAUGGGAACGUCGAACUACUGAUGAAAUAUCAAAGAACGGAAAUGUAUCUGUAUUUCGAAAGAAUUCUACUUUAUUUCUUGCUAGAUAUGUCUUAAAUGACGACCAUGUCAAACAAAUUGAAGCAUUUCGAGCUAAUCCUGACCAUGAUGACAUCGACCUGGAUCAUAUUCAAGAUAAUGAAUUGAAGAAUUUGCCAGUACGACUCCGAUUAACACACGAUUUCAAACGGCAUCUAAAGAAGACUCAGGAGCUAUCAUCAACAGAUACAGACGACCAAUUUUUAAGAUCAUCCACAACAUCAACGAAUGAACAUUUGAUGGUCUUCGACGAUACAUAA